GACAUGCCCAACAGUUUGUGGCGCUAUCUACUACUUAUUAGUAGGUUGCUUUCGUUUCUCACCCUAAACUCGUAAUUUUAGUCUCGAUCAUUCGAAUUUCUUCCCAAAUAUCUUGCAACCAUGAAACUCAUCGUCGCCGGAUCAACUGGUUUUGUCGCCACAGAACUCAUCAAACAAGCCCUCUCUAGUCCAGACGUCACAUCUGUAAUAGCACUUGCUCGCCGUGAAACACCUGUGCCACAAACCCUGGAUGAUAAUGCUGACAUCACCAAAUUCAAAGCUGUCAUUUGUGAUGAUUUCUUAAAUUAUUUAGAUAAUGUGAAGAAGGAACUUGAGGGUGCUGAUGCUUGUGUUUGGUUACUUGCAAUAACCCCCUCUAAAAUGAAAGAUUCAACACUAGAUGAAGCGAGAAAAAUCUGUGUAGAGUACACCGUGAGCGGUCUCGAAACAAUGACCCAGCUUUCGCGUGAAAAGGGGGCUAGUCCCUUUCGAUUUCUUUAUGUUAGUGGUCAUAAGAGUGAGAGAGAUCAGAGCAAAAAGCCUUGGGUUAUGGGCGAUUAUCUUUUGAUGCGAGGCGAAGCUGAAACUCGUGUCAUCGAUUACGCAAAAGCGUCAAAUGGGACUGUGGAAGCAUGUAUAGCGAAACCGGGACUGAUAGAUGGACCGGAUCGUCGGCAAGGAUUGGUGGUUAGUGUGUUAUCGACAAUUGGGAGAAGACUUAUUGGGCUUCCGAUUGUGGAUGUUAGUCAGAUUGCGGCGACUUUGCUGGAGCACGCAGUAAAUGGAAUUGAGAAAGAGACGUUGUUGAAUGAGGAUCUGGUCAAGAUUGGGAAUAAGGUGUUGAGUGGCUAGGUGGAGUGGCAAAGUCUAGUCAUUGGAUGAUGAUUUUUUUACUUGUGAAGUUUACCAGGUGUUUUCAGUGUUGUUUAACGACUGAGUAUCUCAGUAUUGAAAUGGAAUAUUAGCA